GACGACACAGCCUAGUCAUCAGCGUCUAAAUUUGCUCGCACCUGCAACACUGAGUAGAUAUAACAAUCAUAGACGGCAGAGCGCUAUGCGUGUGACACGAAUGCCUUAUAGAUCUGUGAAAGUUUCACGCCAGAUUUAGAGACCCACGAAGGUGUUGCGCGUUUUCGACCACAUCAAAAGGGUCAACACCGGUCACCAACGUUAGUGUCGUGCUCUUGAGUCCAACCAAUAUGCAAAGCUGGAAUAUAUUGUGUCGCAAUGCGGCAAAGCGGGGUCAGGCGAUCCCGUUCCCGUUCCCAGGAGUGACGACAGUGAGCGCGAGGACAUAUGCUGAUGCUCCGAUUGAUGCUGAUGUCACAGUGGUGGGUUCAGGCCCUGGGGGCUAUGUGGCGGCCAUCAAAGCAGCUCAGCUGGGAUUUAAGACAGUGUGUGUGGAAAAGAACGCCACCCUUGGAGGGACGUGUCUGAACGUAGGCUGCAUCCCCUCGAAGGCUUUGCUGAAUAACUCACACUUUUAUCACAUGGCCCAUGGGAAGGAUUUUGAAAGCAGGGGAAUUGAGGUCACGGGUGUGACGUUGAACCUGGAGAAGAUGAUGGCACAGAAGUCUGGAGCAGUGAGCGCUUUAACCGGCGGCAUUGCCCAUCUCUUCAAGCAGAACAAGGUGACCCAUGUGAAUGGCAUGGGUACCAUAACAGGACCCAAUGAAGUCAUUGCCACAGGCAGUGACGGAAGCAGACAUGUCAUCAACACCAAACACAUUCUUAUCGCUACUGGAUCAGAGGUCACACCAUUCCCUGGGAUUGAGAUCGACGAGGACACUGUGGUCUCCUCAACAGGAGCGCUCUCUCUGAAGAAAGUUCCAGAAGAGUUGAUAGUCAUCGGCGCGGGUGUCAUUGGAGUGGAACUGGGUUCAGUGUGGCAGCGGCUGGGCUCCAAGGUGACGGCGGUGGAGUUCCUGGGUCACGUGGGGGGGAUGGGCAUCGACAUGGAGAUCUCCAAGAGCUUCCAGCGCAUCCUGCAGAAGCAGGGCUUCAAGUUCAAGCUCGGCACCAAAGUUAUGGGCGCCACCAGACGGCCCGACGGCAAGAUCGACGUAGCUGUGGAGGCUGCAGCCGGUGGUAAGGCAGAGACCCUUAACUGUGACGUGCUGCUUGUGUGUGUCGGUCGCCGGCCCUUCACCCAGAACCUCGGCCUGGAGAAGGUGGGCAUCCAGCUGGACAACAGAGGACGCAUUCCUGUCAACAGCCGCUUCCAGACGACAGUACCAAGCAUCUAUGCCAUAGGCGAUGUGGUGGCAGGCCCUAUGUUGGCCCAUAAGGCGGAGGACGAGGGCAUCGUCUGUGUGGAGGGCAUUGCAGGGAGCACUCCCCAUAUCGACUACAACUGUGUGCCCUCCGUCAUCUACACACACCCUGAGGUGGCCUGGGUGGGCAAGACUGAGGAGCAGCUCAAGGAGGAGGGAAUUCCCUUUAAUGUUGGGAAGUUCCCCUUUGCUGCGAAUAGCCGGGCGAAGACGAACGCAGACACAGACGGCAUGGUGAAGAUCCUCGGCCACAAGGAGACAGAUCGCAUCCUUGGAGCACACAUUCUUGGCCCGAGUGCCGGAGAGAUAAUCAAUGAGGCGGCAUUAGCCAUGGAGUACGGUGCAUCCUGUGAGGAUGUGGCCAGAGUCUGCCACGCCCACCCGACGGUGUCAGAAGCCUUCAGGGAGGCAAACCUUGCUGCUUCGUUUGGGAAAGCCAUCAACUUUUAAAGCUUCCACCUUUCCCCAUCACGCACACGCACGCACGCACGCACGCACACACACACACACACACACACACACACACACACACUAAACCUUUUCUACACUACAGUGUGUCAUGGGGAGAUUUGGUGUUGAGGUGAAUGGGGAUGAGUGAGAUGUUAGCGCAUACUUAUAUUAGCACCGUGCCUAAUUAGCUGACGUGUCAACCUUCAGCCAGCUGUAACAGCUCUUGUUACGGAGUGUUUACUGAGCGAGAUUGAGAGAGGGAGAGAGAGAGGGAGAGUAUGAGAGAGAUGAAUGAAGAUGGUUGUAUGGGUCAGGAAAGGGUGAAUGAUAUAAAAAGGUUAGAGUAGAAUGUUUUGUAUGUAUUUAUGUAUGUGUUGACAUGUACAGCUAUGCAGAAAUAAAAUGUAUCAUAUCACAAAUUUAA